CCAUAGCAACCAGGACGUCAGCGUGAGACAGCUGCAGGUUUCCAUCCUAAUUUCUGUCCUUCCUCGGGAUCUGAGGCAUUUGAGGUGAGCAGGCAAUGCGUGUCGUGGGAAAAUUAAGAAACCUGGAAUGAAAACAAUGGUGGGAAGGGAGUUCUUCCCCGGCGCAGAGGCUGCAAAGGUAGGCUUUUUCUCAUCAUCCUGCUGGUUGGGGAUAAAGCAGAACAGGACAGCCAAACUGCAAACAAAACCAGACUUCUCUAUGGGAAACACAAGGACCAAGCAGGAAAAUGCUAAUGCAUGAAUUAAGCCCUUCAACACAAAGAGUGACUAUGUUGCUUGCUUGCAACAUGGAAAACCCCACUGCUGUUUUCCUCACCCCAACACCAGGGCUGCUGCAGCAGAAUGACCAGCCAGCUGAGACUUCUAGUCCUCCGGUGCACCAUGAGACGACCCGCUUACCAAGGGCACGUGAGCUAGAGAGAAACGCUACAGCCUUGCAGUACGGACUGAUGCCGGGGGAAAUCAUAGCAGCCAGUCUCCUGUUUGGAGCUUUGUGGCUCCUUUCCAUCUUUGGAAACUCCCUCGUCUGCCUGGUGAUCCACAGGAGCAGAAGGACCCAGUCGACUACAAACUACUUUGUGGUCUCCAUGGCCUGCGCAGAUUUACUCCUCAGUGUGGGGAGCACCCCACUGGUGCUGCUGCAGCUAGCCUCUGGCAGAUGGACGCUCGGGAGCAUGAUGUGCAAGCUAGUUAGGUAUCUCCAGUACCUCACUCCUGGCGUCCAGAUCUACGUGCUGCUCUCCAUUUGUGUGGAUCGGUUCUACACCAUCGUCUACCCUCUCAGCUUCAAGGUGUCUCGGGAAAAAGCCAAGAAGAUGAUUGCAGCCUCUUGGCUCUUUGAUGCUGCGCUGGCAUCUCCAGUGUUCUUCUUUUACGGAUCAGGACGGGAUAACCAUUGCAACUUCUUCCCUCCACCUUCAUGGGAUGGAGCCGUUUACAGCGUCAUCCACUUGUUAGUGGCUUUCCUGAUUCCAUCUGUGCUCAUCAUUCUCUUCUACCAAAAGGUCAUCAAGUACAUUUGGAGGAUAGGCUCGGAUGGCAGGACGGUCCGGAGGACCAUGAACAUCGUUCCGAGGACAAAAGUGAAAACCAUUAAGAUGUUCCUCAUGUUAAAUUUGCUCUUUCUGCUCUCGUGGCUCCCCUUUUACGUAGUGCAGCUUUGGCACCCCUACGAGACGGACCACAGGAAGAGCUCUUUGGUUUUCAUGUCAGUCACUUGGAUCUCCUUCAGCUCCUCUGCCUCCAAGCCGACCUUGUACUCUGUGUACAACGCAAACUUCAGGAGAGGCAUGAAGGAAACCUUCUGCAUGUCCUCCAUGAAAUGCUACCGCAGCAACGCCUACACCAUCACCACCAGCUCCAGGAUAGCCAAAAGAAAUUACGUGGGGAUCUCAGAAAUCCCUGCCCCAGCCAAAACAGUUUCUAAAGACUCGGUAUACGAUUCCUUUGACAGAGAAGCUAAAGAGAAGAAGCUUGCCUGGCCCAUUAACUCAAACCCACCCAACACAUUUGUCUAAUGUGCUGGGAGUCUUUUCAACCAUUGUUGUGCAACACAAAAGCACCUGUUUUUGAACAGAACUUAUUUACACACGGGAAGGGCACUGUGUACAAUUAAGUGGGCAGAAGAAAUGGUUUUAUUUUAUUAAAUGCACUGUUUUUUAUUGUA